AACAUUUUGGGGAAACGUUGGUCAGGAGCACGCAAGACAAUCGUCUUGCCGGGGGUCUUACGUUGGUGUGUCUGUCACGGGUCUCGCCAGUGCCAGUCAUGAACUUGUGACAUCCCACCUGCACCUCACUUCUUAUCUGUCUCAUACAAGAUCAUAAUGGAGGGUCCGACUGUGCGAGCGGGCGGGUUGAGCCACCACUGGGUACGAGUGGAGUGGGGUGACCCGAACCUGCAGGAAACCAGCUUUCACGACGACCUCCGCGCCCAGGCUGAAUCGGCUCCCACGUCUACCGUCGACCCUACCAGCCCCAGAGACGCAGCGGUGGAGGAGGUCAAUGACAGCUACGAGUACUUCCUGGAGCUCGCUUAUGCCAAGGAGGUGGAGGCUGACGCGUAUCUGCAGGAUGAAGACGGCUUGGAGGACGGACCCCUAGAAGAGGAGAUAGACAGAACGGAAGUUUUUACAGAAGAACCGAGCAUCAUCUACACUGCUCAGUGCCUUUUCCCUCGCACCGGCUGGUCGAAUGUGUACAGGGGGAGCGGCGUGUCCUGUGUGGUGGAGGGCCUUUGUCCGGGGCAGGAGAUCACCAUCAGAGUCAGAUCGUCCGAGGAAGGGAGCGUCUCGCCUUGGUCGACGAUCACGCUCAAAACGAAGAACGUCCCUGGAAGCGGCCACGACCUGGUGGAGGCGGUGAGGGAGGACAGUGCCACGCUCGUCCGAGAAGCCCUUGCUGAGCUCACGAAAUUCUCACAGCUGGAGCGGAUGGACCACGUGGUCGAGGAGGGACACACAGCCCUGGUCGCGGCGGUGAUGGCGGGAUCACGUGACGGCCUCGCGGUACUGCUGGAGCGGCGAGCAGGGGUGGCCGCGCCCACGCCCGGCCCACACCUCACGCCCCUCAUGCUGGCUGCCUGGCUAGGCCACGCCGAGCUAGCGCGAAGGCUGCGCGCUGCAGGGGCUUCCUGGAAUACGGUAGACAGGAGUGGCAUGACGGCGCUGCAUUACGGCGUAGCAGGGCGGCAGCUGGAGCUGGUGACGGCGGCGUUGCAAGAUGGUGCCAGCCCCACGAUGCCGGCCGGACCGCACUCCAUCGUCACGCUCGUCGUCAUCGCCAGUUACGCCGUCGCGCCUUCUUCCAGGAGGACGGGGCCGGCCGGAACGCAGCUCGUAACGGAGAAAUGCGCCCGGAUGAUGGAGUUACUGGUGAGGGCCGGCGCUCAGGUGAACCAGCGGGGGGCGGGGGGCAACACGGCACUCCAUGUGGCCCUCACCCUAGGCCAGGCCAGGCUGGCCCGAAAACUAGUCGAAUUGGGCGCCGACUCCCAGCUAGUGAACAGCCGUGGGUACUCGCCCUCUCACCUGGCCAAGCUGUCAGGCCAUUCACUGGACACGACUACUCCCAGAGAUGAGGAUCGGCCUCCAAUGGGUGAAUUGGAAGCUCUCACCCACUUAAUGGAUGACGUCUCACCCGCGUGAUGCUGUUUCAUCCAUUUCUAUCUUUGCAAUCCGUCUUCUUCCUCUGAAAU